AUGGCCGUUCCUUGCACUCCGUUCAUCGCCUCCGAGAACCUAUCCACACCUUCUUCCGCACCCUCCCUAUCCCCUUCCCCUGUAAUCCUCUCCCAAGACGAGCUCAAGAAAAUCGCCGCCUACAAGGCCGUCGAAUUCGUCCAAUCCGGCAUGGUCGUCGGCCUGGGGACCGGCUCCACGGCCAAGCACGCCGUCGACCGAAUCGCCGAUUUGCUCAAUCAGGGCAAGCUGAAGGACAUCGUAGGCAUCCCGACCUCCAAACAGACCCACCAGCAGGCAUCGUCGCUCGGAAUCCCGCUCUCGGAUCUCGACACCCACCCCACCGUCGACCUCGCAAUCGACGGCGCCGACGAGGUCGACCCAGAUCUCAAUCUGGUGAAGGGAAGAGGCGGGUCCCUGCUCAGGGAGAAGAUGAUCGAGGGCGCCGCGAGGAAGUUUGUGGUUAUUGUUGACGAAUCGAAGUGGGUCCCUUACGUCGGAGCUAGCGGGGCGAUGCCCGUGGAGGUUGUUCCGUUUUGCUCGAAGUACACGCAGGACUGCCUGCAGAAGAUUUUUGAGUACGCUGGCUGUGUGGCGGAAUUGAGGACCUUGAGCGGAGGACAGCCGUUUCUCACUGAUAACGGCAAUCACAUUGUGAACUUGUUCUUCAAGAGCGAUGUUGGGGAUUUGAGGGCUGCGAGUGAUGCGAUUCAUAGGCUUCCGGGAGUUAUUGAGCAUGGUAUGUUUAUUGGUAUGGCGACUGCUGUUAUUGUUGCAGGUGAGAGUGGAGUCACCGUUAAGAACAAACCGUGA